AUGGCCUCGAGCUCUGGGGUAGGGUCGUAUUCGAACCCGCUGAAGAAGUUCAAGCUGGUGUUUCUUGGAGAACAGAGCGUUGGCAAAACUUCCCUCAUUACACGAUUCAUGUACGAUUCUUUCGACAACACAUACCAGGCCACCAUCGGCAUUGACUUUUUGUCCAAGACUAUGUACCUGGAAGAUCGGACCGUUCGCCUUCAGCUUUGGGAUACUGCCGGUCAAGAACGGUUCCGCUCCCUCAUUCCUUCUUAUAUUCGGGACUCCAGCGUCGCAGUUGUUGUUUACGAUAUUUCCAACGCCAAGUCCUUCCAAAACACCCGGAAAUGGAUUGAUGACGUUCGAGGAGAGCGAGGCAACGAUGUGAUCAUUGUGCUCGUGGGUAACAAGACUGAUUUGAACGACAAGCGCGAGGUUACCACAGCGCAAGGAGAGGAGGAGGCUAAGAAGAAUGGCUUGAUGUUCAUUGAAACCAGUGCCAAGGUUGGGCAUAAUGUGAAACAAUUGUUCCGGAGAAUUGCCCAGGCUUUGCCCGGCAUGGACGGCGAGGCCAAGCAGGGGGAAAGCACCAUGAUCGACGUCAACAUUCAUCCCAAGGAGACUACCAGCAAUGACGGCUGUGCAUGCUGA